AUUUGUAGAACUGUCAAACAAAAUCAGAUGUUUUUUGUUUUGAUAUUUUUUGAAGUUAAUAUUUGAAUUUGGAGAAUUACGUUGAACUUGGAUUGACAAAUUUAAAUAGAAGAACUGCUAAAACGUAGUAAAGAAAAUACGUUAUUUCUGGGAGACUUUUUGUUUAAUAAAUGUGUUUCUUCUCCGAUUGCUUAAUACAUGCAAUUGGUGGAUUUUAAGUAACAAUGUCGGAUGAUGCUGAAAAUGUACCCGAAAACACAGAAAAGACAGAGGCUGGUGGCCAGGAUAUUUCUGACGAACACGCAGAAGAUGUAGCUCAAACUGCUGUAAUAAUUAAUGAAAUAGAAACAAGACCUUCUAAAAGAGAUUCUCUAUUCCCAUUUUCUUUUGGCGAUGAUGAAGAACGUGUAGAUGUUGAUAGAACAGCUUUAGAAGCAAUUUUAGAUGUCGGCGCUCGAUUACAAGAUAUUCAAAAGAAAAGUAGGGUGUCUAUGAGUACAUUGGCUUUGGCACAUGAGUCUUAUAAAGAUAAACAAGCCAAAGCUAAAGAAGCCAGGAAUAACCGCAUGGGUGGUCUUAAAACCCAACACAGAUUUUUGCUGGAAAAUGCAGCAGCCAUUUUAAACCGACCAGUUGAAUAUGUUUUGGAUGGUGUGUUUGAUGCAGACAUUAAUAUUGAACUACUGGAUAGUGCUGUAGUUGAAGGUGGAAGAAAUUGUGUUGUGGUCUGUGAUGCGGUGCUGCCACAACUAAAAAUGGAGUCUGGGAGAUAUAUUCCGAACCAGAAAGGAAGAAUGGAGAGGGUUUAUUUAUCAGAUGGAGCAACAAUUGCAACUGAGGGUGUUUGUGUUGCAAUGUACAGAAUAAAAAAUAAAGCCAUUGAUACAAAAAAUAUGGCUGAUGAUUAUUAUUUAGUCUAUCUUGACAUGAAUCAAGAAACCGAAAAUGUGGUUUCUGGUAUUUUUAAAACCAUGGAUCGUGUUUAUAUACCCGCCAUAAAAUGUUGUAAAGCUUGGGGCGAUCUUAAUCCACCAAAACCGAAUAGUGAGGACAUCAUCAAAACUUACAUUUCGAAGGUGAUGCUGUUCAUUGACUAUCUAGCAAAAACAAAAACUGACUUGGACUGUUGUACGAAGUUUAAAAUAAAUUUGACUCUCUAUGAAGAUGAGUUGUCAGAUCAAGAGAAAAUGAAACACGCAGUAACAAAGAUGCAUGUUUUGGAAGAGAUAUGCGCAUUUGUUAAACAAUGGAUGAAACAAAUUACUAUGGUAUUAGUGCAAAGUCAGCAGUUAAGACGUGAACCGUCCAACAUAGGUCCUUUGGCUGAGCUGGAUCAUUGGCGGCGACAACUCACCACUUUUACAUCGAUUAUUGAACACAUAAAAAGCGAUCCUUGUCAGAUGUACAUUCACACGCUUAUAAGAGCCAAGUCGAAACUGAUUAAGAAAUGGAGGCUCUUAGAUAAUCAAGUAACGGACUAUUACAAUGAAGCUUCAGACAAUGUUAAAUAUUUAUAUGCUUUGGAAAAGUACUGUGAACCACUUUACAGAUGUGAUCCAAAGUCAAUGCAGCAGUACAUACCGGGCUUGCUGUACACGGUCCGAAUGGUUUUUGCGACAUCUAGAUAUUACAAUACGACUAAACAAAUCUCUACCCUGCUUGUUAAAGUUACGAAUCAGAUACUUAACAUGUGCAUGGAAUAUCUAACCAAUGGCGGAAAGAAAACUAUAUGGAACCAAGAUAAAUUGAAUUUCAUUGAAAAAGCCAAGUUAUGCCUUGAUUUAUAUGGGUUUUAUCGAGAAUGUUAUAUGGAAACGCAAAAAGAAAUGAUAGCAGCGGCAGACGAACGUCCAUUCGAUUGCUCUGAAAUGUAUAUAUUUGGAAAAUUCGAAACAUUUCGAAAACGAUUAUUAAAGAUAAUGGAUCUUUUCCAAAACUACAUCACCUAUUAUGUUUUGAAUAAGACCACACUGGAAGGUAUUGAAGAAUACGCUACAAAUUUCAACAAACUAUUCAAAGCUAUUUCCACAAAAACAUAUGAUGCCUUGGACCAUAGACGUCCUGAUUUCGAUAAAGAUUACAAAGUGUAUAAAGAUGGAGUUGCGAAUCAAGAGUUAUUACUGGAAAAUUUCAUGAUCGCGAGCGUCAAUAAAUGCCCAACCACAGAAAUAGCGUUACAUCUAUUGAAACGUUUUGAAAAGCUUCAAUUAGAUUGUUUGUACUUGGAAGAUCAAUAUUAUGAUUUGAUUAGUAAUUACACAGCUGAAAUUGAAGCAAUCAGGGACAGGUAUAAUGAAAUCAGGGAAAACCCGGAAUUGCCUCGAAAUAUGCCACCGGUAGCCGGCAGGGUUAUGUGGAUAAGGUUCUAUAACAAAAAUAUCAAAGGACCGAUGGAAGAAUUCAAAAAACAUUAUGAAGUUAUCACACAUAUGAAUACACAAAGAUGCAUAAAACUGUAUAAUGUUAUGACUAUUGUAUUCACCGAAUUCGAAUUAAUUUACCAUAGCGCUUGGGCGGAAAAUGUUGGUCAGGUCAGACUCGGUUUAGUCGCACCCCUACUGAUACGUCAUCCAUCUACGAAUAUGUACAUUGUGAAUUUCAGUAUUUAUAUACCGGAGUGUAUAAGGGAAGUUGAAUACAUGUGGCAAUUGGGAUUACGUGUUCCCGAAGGAGCUCAAAUUGUAGCUUUCUGCAAGGAAAAAAUAUUGGGGAAUUACGAGCGCAUAAAAUUCUUGGUGGAGAGAAAUAAUCAAAUUAGAAAGAGUAUGCCGAAAUUAUAUUUACCGCUCCUUCGAGCACAGUUGAUAAAAAUAGAAAAAGCCUUCCAACCUGGGCUGUCAACAAUAACGUGGACUUCUUUAGAAAUACCCUCGUAUUGUGAUAAUAUCGAAGCUAUUCUCGAUGAAGUCGAUUUGUUUGUCAAAGAAGUGGUGGACAUGAAGGAAGCUCGAAUUGAUGCAAUCUUGCAGUCAAUAUCUAAAAUGUUGCUUGUGUAUUUGCCUGAGCAAGCUGUAGAGCCUGCGGUGUUUUAUGAAGAGAAUCUUUUACGACGAGAUGAAAUCGCAAUUGAAUUGCAACAGAAAUCUUGGAAUGCCGAGAUUGCUGUGAUUGAAUUGAUACACAAGUUUCUCGACAGUGUGCCAUCGAAACAGAUUCAAGAUUUAAAGGACAAUUGGUUAGAUAUAGAAAAAGCGCUAAAACAAGUUACCUCUGCUACAAGAGUAUUUCCUGAAGAUGCUGCAUUUUUGGAAAUUGAAAAUCCUGACCGAUUCGACGUAUUGCCCACUAUAAACGAAUGCAAUGAAUUAUUCGCGUAUUUCGCAACGAAAUGCUUGGAGUCGCUCAUCAAGUGUACCAGGCAGAGUCUUGAUAUAUUACGGAAGCGAGCUUCAGUGUCCAGCUUUUUAACAAUGACAACCGAUCCUGAAGAACAAAAGAAACUAAAACCACUCAUGCUAACGAAGAUGUUCCUUCAAAUUCCCAGAAUACUCAUUAAACCAGCGCUUGAAGAAAUUCAGGCAGCUUUCUCUCAGGUAGUUUUGAAUUGCGUGAUGGAUACGCAUCGUAGCGUGUUCAUGUGGGGUCAGCAGGAACAAAUCAAGAAGGAACAAAUGAGGGGAGUGUCGUUGACUACGAGUAGAAGUGUGAGCGGCUCGAAAACAGGGUCGAGUCUCGCCGGUAUUAGAAAUUAUUUUCGAAUGGUAUCCGAACAUAAAGAUAUCGUACGUUCUGUAAUGGCCUUACAAGGCAUGAUGUUUAUGUACAAGCCUGAUAUUGAGAAGCUGUUGAAGACCUACUCCCGAUUUUCGUAUCUUUGGGCUGAAGAUAGGGUACAACAGGUCCAAGACUUCGUAGAUUCCAAUCCAUUGAAUGUGAUUAUCAGAGAUAUGCUCAAAAAAUAUGAAGGACAAACUGAAGAAGUGCUGAAUUUACCGGAACGACACAUUAUUGGGUCAAUAGAAAUUAAUAUGGAUAACAUAAAGCUUGCCCUACAUGUCGAAUCGGUGGAAUGGAAACGGAUUCUGGGUAAAUUACUCAGUCAGGCGUACAAAGAACGAGUAAUUAAAUUGAUGCAGUUUAUAAACGACCGCAUGAAGACUAUGGGAAAGAAAAUCAAAGAUUUGGACGAUGUCAGAUUAGCUAUGAUGUGCCUCGAACUAAUCAGAGAAGAAUUUAUUGGUAUGGACAUGGAAUUGGAUCUAAUUGAAGAAAGUUACGCCACGUUUGCACAGUUCAGUAUUGAUAUUCCCAAAGAAGACAUAGAUUUGGUGUAUGGAUUGCGUUACGCUUUUCAGAAUAUGUUAAUAACGUCUCAACAAGUUCAACAAAAAAUAGUGGACAUGCAAGGCCCGCUUCAAAAAGAGUUGACCGAAGGUGUAGCGUCAUUCUUGGCCGAUGUCUUGAAGUUUGAUGCUGACUAUGAUGCAUACGGUCCUAUGACGCCUGGACUAAGCGCUAGAGAAGCUAGUGACAGGGUAAUAUUGUUCCAGUCGAGGUUCGAUGAACUAUGGAGAAGGUUCGAAAUGUAUUCAAAUGGUGAAAAAUUGUUCGGCAUGGAGGUUAAGGAUUAUCCGAUUCUUCACCAGAAGAAGAAGGAAUUUAAUUUAUUGAGCAAACUGUACAGUUUAUAUUUGGCCGUUAUGAAUUCAAUAGACGGGUACUUUGAAACUCCGUGGAGUGAGAUUGAUAUUGAGCAAAUUGUUGCGCAGCUAGCGGACUUUGACUUAAGAUGUCGAAAAUUACCGCGAGGUAUGAAAGAUUGGCCUGCGUUCAUAGAGUUGAAGAACAAAAUAGAUGAUUUCAACCAAACCUGCCCAUUACUAGAAUUGAUGGCAGAUAAAUCAAUGAAAGAUCGACACUGGAAGAGAUUAGAAAAAUUGAUGAAUUGUAUUCUGGAUGUCGAAUCUGAAUCAUUUACGCUGGCCAAUGUCAUGGAAGCUCCGCUACUGAAAUAUAAAGAAGAUGUUGAGGACAUCUGUAUAAGUGCAGUGAAAGAAAAAGACAUAGAAGCAAAGUUAAAGCAAGUUAUAGCUGAUUGGGCUGUCAUUGAUCUCACAUUUGCUCCAUUCAAGAACAGGGGAGAGCUGCUCGUCAAACCUCAAGAAACCCUUGACAUAAUCACGUUAUUGGAGGACUCGUUAAUGAUUCUCAACUCAUUAGCUUCGAAUAGAUACAAUGCACCGUUCAAAAAAGAUAUUCUUCUUUGGAUUAAUAAGCUAGUCGGUACAGCCGAGAUCCUAGAGAAAUGGCUUCAAGUACAAAACUUGUGGAUGUAUUUGGAGGCUGUAUUUGUUGGCGGCGAUAUCGCCAAACAGCUGCCCGCUGAAGCUAAGAGAUUCGCUUCGAUCGACAAGUCAUACGUGAAAAUCAUGUAUCGGGCUCGAGACAUAGUGAACUGCGUUGAAACUUGCACGUGCGAUGAUACAUUGAAGCAACUCCUGCCGCACCUGUACGAACAACUGGAAGCGUGUCAGAAAUCGCUCACCGGGUACCUCGAAACAAAACGUUUGAUAUUUCCGAGAUUUUUCUUCGUGUCCGAUCCAGUUUUGCUCGAGAUCCUUGGACAAGCCUCGGAUCCGCACUCUAUACAGCCUCAUUUGCCCAGUAUUUUCGACGCGAUGUACACAGUCGAUUUUGACGACAAGGAGAGGAUAAUCAAUAUGAAUUCGGACAACGGCGAGACUAUUCCACUGGAAAGACCUGUAGUGUGCACUGGUGGUGUAGAAAUUUGGUUGAACACUUUGUUAGACACAAUGAAAGAUACCGUCAGGAAUAUAAUCGCUAAUAUCUCACAAACGAUGUCUGGUGAUCCGGAAUUUGAGUUCUUAGUCGGAUUCUGGUUUUUCCCUGGCCAGGCUGGUUUGUUGGGUAUGCAAAUUCUGUGGACCAGUGACGCGGAAUAUGCAUUAAAAAAAGCUAAAGCCGAUCGAUUUAUAAUGAGGUUGACGAAUCAGAAGUUCUUGGAUUUGUUGAAUGGUCUCAUCGACUUGACGGUGACUGAUCUUGUAUCUUUGGAUAGAACCAGGGUCGAAACUAUGAUCACUAUACACGUGCAUCAAAGGGAUAUCUUUGAUGAUCUAGUAAGGAUGAGAAUAAAGUCUCCUAUUGAUUUCGAAUGGCAAAAGCAAGCACGUUUCUAUUACAACGAAGAUUCAGAUGACUGUAUUGUUUCCAUAACUGAUGUUGAUUUCUUGUAUCAGAAUGAAUAUCUGGGUAUAACUGAGCGUCUUGUGAUCACGCCGUUGACCGAUCGAUGCUACAUCACGCUCUCCCAAGCUAUCGGCAUGAGUAUGGGCGGGGCGCCGGCGGGUCCGGCCGGCACGGGUAAGACUGAAACCACCAAGGACAUGGCUCGAACACUCGGGAAACUGGUCAUCGUGUUCAAUUGCUCCGAUCAAAUGGAUUUCAGAGGCUUGGGUCGCAUAUACAAGGGCUUAGCACAGUCGGGCACUUGGGGUUGCUUCGACGAAUUCAAUCGUAUAGAAUUGCCGGUGCUAUCUGUGGCUGCUCAGCAGAUUUAUAUUUGUCUCACGGCGAGACGAGAGAAGCGUGACUUCUUCAUAUUCAGCGACGGUGACGUUGUCACUUUAAAUCCGGAGUUCGCGUUCAUAAUCACGAUGAAUCCGGGAUACGCUGGAAGGCAAGAGCUGCCCGAAAAUCUAAAGAUUCAGUUCCGUUCGGUGGCCAUGAUGGUGCCCGACAGACAGAUUAUCAUACGAGUGAAACUUGCUAGUUGCGGUUUUAAGGAUAAUAUUUUGCUUGCCCGGAAAUUCUUUACCUUGUACAAGCUAUGCGAAGAGCAGUUAUCUAAGCAAGUGCACUAUGAUUUUGGACUACGUAACAUUCUGUCUGUGUUGCGUACUAUGGGCUCGCAGAAACGAGCCAAUCCCGAGAGCACUGAGGAGAAUAUUAUGAUGAGAGUAUUGAAGGAAAUGAAUGUAUCAAAGCUGGUGGACGAAGACGAACCGCUGUUUGUGUCUUUGAUUGAAGAUUUGUUCCCUGGAAUUAAGUUGAGUCAAACCGUUCACAGGGAAAUGCAACGCGCCAUCGCAUUAGUGACAGAUCGUACAGGUCUAGUCAAUCAUCCUGAGUGGAAUUUGAAGAUCAUUCAACUGUAUGAAACUUCGUUAGUGCGACACGGUCUAAUGACGAUGGGACCCACUGGUUCAGGGAAAACGACAUGCAUUCACACACUCAUGGCGGCUUUGACGGAAGUAGGGAGACCGCACAGGGAGAUGAGGAUGAAUCCAAAAGCCAUCACUGCUCCGCAAAUGUUUGGACGCUUGGAUGUUGCAACCAACGAUUGGACGGAUGGUAUUUUUUCCACUUUGUGGAGAAGAGCUUUGAAGGUCAAGAAGUCUGAUACCACCUGGAUAGUUUUAGAUGGUCCCGUGGACGCUGUUUGGAUUGAAAACUUAAAUUCAGUGUUGGAUGAUAACAAGACUUUGACUUUGGCCAAUGGAGAUCGUAUUACAAUGGCGCAGAAUAGUAAGCUGGUGUUCGAACCAGACAACGUGGACAAUGCUUCGCCUGCCACCGUCAGCCGUAUGGGGAUGGUCUUCCUAUCUUCUUCCGUCUUAAAGUGGCAGCCCAUCUUAGAGGGUUGGUUGAAAAAGAGAUCGCAAAAAGAAUCGGAUGCUUUGAGGAACGCAUUCAAUAAAGUAUACGAUGAUAUACAUUCGUUCGUGCAACAAAAGUUGCCAGCUAAAAUGAAACUGCUCGAGGCUAUAUAUGUCAGGCAAUGUAUCGAUGUUUUGAUUGGUCUCCUUCAAAUAGAAGUACCCGGUGGAAAGAUACACACAGACCGACAUCUAGAACGUCUGUUUAUAUUUGCGAUGAUGUGGUCGCUCGGCGCCGUCUUGGAGCUGGACUCUCGGACUCGUUUGGCCGAAUUCGCGACAAAGUUGCCCGUGAGAAUGGAUUGGCCCGGAGCCAAGUCUAAAGAGUGGGUGAUGCCAUUCGAGUAUAUGGUUAACGAGGCCGGAGUGUGGCAACAUUGGUCAGAGAGUGUAGAAAACUAUAUUUAUCCUUCGGACAGCAUUCCGGAAUACGCAUCGAUUUUAGUACCGAAUAUCGAUAACGUAUGCAUAUCAUUUCUCAUUGAAACUAUUGCGAAGCAGAAUAAAGCUGUACUGUUGAUAGGCGAGCAAGGCACCGCCAAAACAGUGAUGCUGAAGAGCUAUAUGCAGAAAUAUAACAAUGAAGUUAAAUUGUACAAGAUGAUCAAUUUCUCUUCUGCGACCACACCUAAUAUGUUUCAGAGAAUUGUCGAAUCGUACGUUGAGAAGCGCGUCGGUAUGACAUACGGUCCCCCCGGUAAUCGAUCCAUGACCGUAUUUGUUGACGACAUUAAUAUGCCGGUUGUCAACGAGUGGGGAGAUCAGGUUACAAAUGAGAUUGUACGUCAAAUGAUGGAGUGUGGUGGUUUUUAUUCGUUGGAAAAACCUGGAGAUUUCAUUACUAUCGCUGAAAUACAAAUGUUUGGAGCGAUGAUUCAUCCAGGUGGUGGAAGAAACGACAUUCCACCUCGUUUAAAAAGGCAGUUCAACAUUUUUAACUGCACCUUACCGAGUAAUAUUUCAAUGGAUCGUAUUUUUGAAACUAUAAGUGCCGGAUACUUCUGUAAGACAAGGUUCGAGAAAAAAAUUGUGGAUUUCAUGCCGAGGCUUGUGCCUGUCACGCGAAUAAUUUGGCAGCAAACAAAAGCAAAAAUGUUGCCGACUCCUGCAAAGUUUCAUUACGUGUUUAAUCUUCGAGAUCUAUCUAGAAUAUGGGAAGGGAUUUUGUUUAUUAAGAAAGAUGAACUGCCGACAAUUACAACGGCUCUAAAGCUAUGGUUCCACGAAUGCUUAAGAGUCAUAUGUGAUAGAUUCACUACAUUCGAUGACAAGGACUGGUUCGUGGCAAACUUCUGGAAGACCGCCGCCCAAGAGUUGCCUGAACUCGUCAGCGAAUUUCCUGAAGAGGAAACAUUUUUCGUGAACUUUCUCCGAGAACCCGCAGAUCCCACCGGCGACGAGGAAGAAGAUUUUAGCACUGACGCGCCAAAGAUCUACGAAGAGCUACCAACAUGGGAUUUCGUUUUGAUGAAACUUGGUCAAUUCCAAGAACAAUUUAACGAUCAAGUCAGAGGCGCUCAUUUAGACUUGGUGUUUUUCCACGACGCCAUGGUACAUUUGUUCAUUAUAUCACGGAUCAUAAAUACGCCGAGAGGCAACGCUUUGCUUGUCGGUGUCGGUGGAUCGGGGAAGCAAAGUUUGACCAAGCUUGCGUCUUAUAUUGCGAAUUUUUCGUUUUAUCAAAUCACGUUAACGAGAUCAUAUAACGUGGGAAAUUUCAUGGAUGACAUUAAAAUAUUGUACCGAAUCGCCGGCUUGCAAGGUCAAGGUAUAACGUUUAUAUUCACCGACAACGACAUAAAAGACGAACAGUUUUUGGAAUUUUUAAAUAACAUUCUCAGUUCGGGAGAGAUUGCCAAUUUAUUUGCUAAAGACGAAAUGGAUGAAAUUCUAAACGAAUUGACUCCGAUAAUGAAGAAAUAUGCACCGAAAAGGAUUCCGGUACCUGAUGUGCUGUACGAAUACUUUAUAAUGCGUUCGAGGGCAAAUCUACACGUUGUAUUAUGUUUUUCGCCCGUCGGAGAAAAGUUUAGAAGCAGAGCCCUAAAAUUCCCGGGACUCAUUUCUGGGUCAACCAUGGAUUGGUUCCAGAAGUGGCCGAGAGUUGCACUUAUCGAAGUUGCUCAUCAUUUCCUCGCGGACUUUCAUGUUGUGUGCUCUCCAGAAACGAAACAACAGCUAAUCGAGAUUAUGGGAAUGGUGCAAGACAACGUGGCCGAUACUUGCACAACUUAUUACGAUAGGUUCAGAAGACAGACACACGUAACUCCGAAGUCGUAUCUUUCGUUCUUGGAAGGUUACAAAGUAUUGUACAAGGAAAAACAUGUCAAUAUCGCCGAAAUGGCUCGCAGAAUGACGACUGGCUUAGAUAAACUUGUGGAGGCGGCCGCAAGCGUCGACGUACUAAAGAAGGAACUUGAAUUAAAAGAUUACGAGAUUAAAGUUGCAACAGCGAAAGCUGAAGAGGUCUUGGCCGCGGUAGCUGAGUCGGCGGCUGCAGCAGAAGUGGUUAAAACGGAAGUGUUAGAUGUUAAGGACCGCGCUGUGAAGUUGGUGGGCGUGAUCGCCGCGGAAACAGCAGUGGCCGAAGAGAAGUUGGCUGCAGCCAAGCCGGCCCUAGACGCCGCCGAAGCUGCCCUACAAACGAUUAACGCAGCGGAUAUAGCAACAGUGAGAAAGUUGGGGAAACCGCCCUACCUUAUCACGCUCAUUAUGGACGCUGUAAUACUCUUGUUUAGAAAGAGGAUUGAUCCAAUCAGACCGGACCCCGAAAGGUUGUUCCUGAUGGCGUCAUGGGCAGAAUCUCUUAAAGUGAUGGCGGACUCGCGAUUUUUGAAUAAUCUAAAAUUUUAUCCGAAAGACGUAAUCAAUGCCGAGAUGAUUGAUUUGCUGCAACCCUACUUUAAUUUCGGUCAAUACACGUUCGAGGCCGCUAAGAUUGCUUGCGGCAAUGUGGCCGGAUUGAUUUCGUGGACCAUUGCGAUGGCCCAGUUUUAUUCGGUAAACAAAGACGUUUUGCCGUUGAAGGCUAAUCUAGCUAUAAUGCAAGGAAAGUACCAGGCAGCCAAAAAGGAAUUGGAAGGUGCAGAAGCACUGCUCGAAGCUAAAGAGCUAGAACUAGCGGAAGUACAGAAGCAAUUCGACGAGGCGAUGGCUCUGAAGCAGGCCGUAUUGGACGACGCGGCCAAGUGCCAACAGAAAAUGGACGCCGCUACUGCUCUGAUUAACGGACUCAGCGGAGAGAGGAUCCGAUGGACAGAACAAUCGGCGUUGUUCAAAUCCGAGAUAGAAAGACUCGUCGGCGAUAUACUAUUGCUUACCGGAUUCCUGUCUUACUCUGGACCAUUCAAUCAAGAAUUCCGAGCAUUUUUGAUAAACAGUUGGCUCGGUGAACUGUUGAAAAGAAAAAUACCCGUUUCUAUGAAUUUGAAUAUCACGGAACAACUGACGGACACAGCCACGAUUGGUGAUUGGAACCUUUGCGGCUUACCAACUGACGAACUUUCCAUACAAAAUGGUAUAAUUGUUACGAAAGCUGCGCGUUUUCCAUUGCUCAUUGAUCCCCAGACGCAAGGCAAGAACUGGAUAAAGAACAUGGAAAGAUAUAAUGAGUUGAUUGUUACGACCCUCAAUCAUAAAUACUUUAGAAAUCAUAUCGAAGAUUGCGUAUCUCUAGGCAGACCGUUACUCAUCGAGGACGUUGCAGAAGAAUUAGAUCCGGCACUUGAUAAUGUGCUUGAGAGAAAUUACAUUAAGAUCGGAUCCUCUUAUAAGGUGAGGUUGGGUGAUAAAGAAAUAGACGUGACAGCGGGACACAAGAUAUACAUAACAACAAAACUGCCUAAUCCGGCGUACACGCCCGAGAUCUCCGCGCGAACCUCGAUCAUCGAUUUCACGGUCACCAUGCAAGGUUUGGAAGAUCAGCUAUUGGGGCGCGUAAUUUUAACGGAGAAAGCUGAGAUGGAAGCCGAACGUACGCAAUUGAUAAUGGACGUAACCGCCAACCGAAGAAAAAUGCAGGAGCUGGAAGCUAAUCUACUUCAUAAGCUGACGACGAUCCAGGGUUCGCUCGUCGAAGACGUUUCUUUGAUACAAGUGUUGAAUAUUACUAAGAGUACCGCUACCGAGGUCAGAGAAAAGCUUGAUAUUGCUAAGGAGACUGAAAUGAAGAUAAACGCGGCCCGCGAAGAAUUCCGUCCGGUCGCGACCCGUGGGUCGGUUCUCUAUUUCCUGGUCUGCAAUAUGUCGCUCGUGUGUAACAUGUACCAAACGUCUUUGGCUCAGUUUCUCGAGCGAUUCGAUAUAUCAAUGGAGAAAUCGCCUCCAAGUGCAAUAACAUCUCGGAGAAUCGGUUUUAUCAUUGAAUAUUUGACUUUUGACGUGUUUAAGUUUAUAUGCCGUGGUUUUUACGAAAAGCAUAAAUAUUUGUUUACAUUGCUGUUAACAUUGAAAAUCGAUAUGCAGAAAGAAUAUAUGACAUAUGAAGAAUUUCAGAAUUUUAUCAAAGGCGGUGCUGCUUUAGAUCUAAACGCUUGUCCUCCAAAGCCCUUCAAAUGGGUGACCGACAUGUCAUGGCUCAAUUUAGUACAGCUUUCCGGCUUGAGACAAUUCACUAAUAUCCUAAACCAAGUAGUGAACAAUGAGAAGGGAUGGAAGAAUUGGUUCGAUAAAGAGGCUCCAGAAGACGAGCCCUUGCCUGAUGGAUAUCACACGUUGGACGUUUUCAGGAAAUUGCUCGUUGUACGCGCGUGGUGUCCAGACCGAACCUUAGCUCAGAGUCUGAAAUAUGUUAUAUCAUCAAUGGGCGCAAGAUUUUCAGAAGCUGUCAUUGUCAAUUAUGAGCAAAUGGUACUAGAAUCCCGUCCUCUUGUGCCUUUGAUUGGAUUUUUAGCCAUGGGCUCUGACCCGACACCAUCUAUUGAAGGUACAGCGAAGAGAUUAGAGUGUCUUUGUUCGUCCAUUUCUAUGGGGCAAGGACAAGAAAUUCAUGCCAGGAAACUCAUCGACCGUGGACUUAAGGAGGGGUUAUGGGUGCUUCUACAAAAUUGUCACUUGGGUCUCGAAUAUAUGGUUGAAAUCAUAGAACAGUUUGCGGAACUAGAGAAGUACCCGGAAAAGGUGCAUGAAACUUUUAGGCUCUGGAUCACAACUGAGCCGCACGAUAAGUUCCCGAUAACGUUACUGCAGAUGUCGAUUAAGUACACUUGCGAGCCGCCGUCAGGAAUAAAGGCAGGCCUCAUGAGAACUUACGAUUCAAUGAGCCAAGAUUUCCUGGACUACAGCGAUAGUCCUUUUUAUCUACCCCUCAUAUAUACUAUCUCGUUCUUACACACUGUUGUGCAAGAGAGACGUAAAUUCGGACCUCUUGGUUGGAACAUCCCCUACGAAUUCAAUUCUGCGGACUGGCUUGCUUCUUGUAUGUUUGUUCAAAAUCAUUUGGAUGGUUUGGAACAGGGGCAGUCAAUAAGCUGGACAACUGUACGAUAUAUGGUUUCGGCGGUGCAGUACGGUGGACGGGUGACGGACGAUUAUGACAAUCGCUUAUUGGGCACUUUCUGCAGGGUCUGGUUAACGGAUCAACUGUUCCAAGAGGAUUUUCAGUUUUACAAGAACUACGGCAUCAUGAAAUUUCGUAACAUUCCGGAAUAUCUUGAAGAGAUCGAUAAAAUGAAGAUGGUCGAUCCCCCGCAGGCGUAUGGGCUGCACACAAACGCUGAUAUAACAUAUCAAAGAAGCAAAACCCAAGAGCUGUUGGACACAAUACUUUCUAUCCAACCAAAAGAGUCCAGUUCUGGUGGUGGUGAAACUAGAGAAGCUUCAGUGUAUCGACAAGCUAAAGAAAUGCUCGAUAAAGUUCCUCCUAAUUUUGAUCCACACGAAGUAAAGGAAAGAUUGAAAUUUUACGGUAUACUAAAUUCCAUGGUGAUUUUCUUGCGGCAAGAAAUAGAUCGAAUGCAAAAAGUAAUUUCCUUAGUUCGUAUAACAUUAAAGGAUUUGUUGCUCGCUAUCGAUGGUACUAUUAUUAUGAACGAGGCUCUUCGUGAUUCCCUAGAUAAUAUAUAUGACGCGAAGGUUCCGAAUAUCUGGUUGAAGAGUUCGUGGUCGUCAUCCACGCUUGGAUUCUGGUUCACAGAGUUCUUGGAGAGGAACACGCAGUUCUCGACUUGGUGUUUCCAGGCGAGACCAAACUCGUUUUGGAUGACUGGAUUCUUCAAUCCUCAAGGUUUCCUGACUGCGAUGCGUCAGGAAGUGACUCGGGCUCACAAAGGAUGGGCCCUGGAUAUGGUGGCGUUGCACAAUGACGUCACUAAGUAUACUUAUGACGAAAUUAAGGCCCCGCCGCCGGAAGGUGUAUUUAUUCACGGCGUGUUCUUGGACGGUGCCGGCUGGGACAGACGUAAUAUGCGUCUCACUGAAUCGAUACUAAAGGUUUUGUACACGCCAGUACCCGUGAUACAUGUGUACGCAAUCAAUUCAACGGCCCCGAAGGAUCCUAAACUGUAUCAGUGUCCAGUUUAUAAAAAGCCUCGUCGUACUGAUCUAACCUUCAUCACACCUCUGUGGUUGCCAACUAUAAAAAAUCCUGAUCAUUGGAUUUUGAGAGGUGUUGCCAUUUUGUGUGAUACUAAGUAGUGUCAUGAUUUAGUUUUAUAUUAUUUUACGUUUUGUGCUUCUAUCUCUUAAACGAUUCGGUGAAUCGAUGUUAAUGUUAAUACUUUGAAUGCAGCCUAUAUUAAUAUAUAUAUUUAUUUUCUUAA